AUGGUACCGCCAGAUGAAGGACAGCUUUUCGGUUUAUAUGGAUAUCUAGUUUUGAUCAUCUUCCUUGCCUUAAUAUGUAUACUCCUGUACUUGUUUCCAGAUAUAAGGGCACAUCUGCCUUGGCAUAAUUUCAUUGAAUCAAUCAAAGAUACAAAUGCUGAUAUCCCUAAGUCUAAUACAUCCGAGAAUAUUCCACGAUCAACAAAUGGAGUUCAAUUAAUUCAAUCAAAGAAAAAUCCUACUUUACGUAAACGUUCCAUUCGUAAGACAACAACAACACUAUCAUCAACUGCAAAAUCAUUAUCACCCUCAUCAUUUUCAACAAAAUUGUCAGAUAAAUCCUCAUCCUUUUCUUCAUCCGCACACUCUUUUAAUUCCAUUGAAGAUUGCCGUACAGUAGAUGAGAUUUUAAAAAAUGAACAAAAUGAAUGUCUUAACGAUACUAAUUUAUGUUCGGUUAAACAAAAACCAGUUGCCAGUGAACAGAUGAUGACGACGAUGACUGAUAAAAACAUUUUUUCGAAAGAUGCAGACACUAUUGCUUCUACGAUUCAUGAAGUAAUGAAGACGUCCAGUAGUAAAGGUAGCAGUACCACUACAAAAUCGUUGAAGACAAAGAAAUCAAAUCCUAUACAUCAUGAAUCGUGUAAAACAGUUGUUGAAUCUCCAUCACCAUUAUCAUCAUUGUCGUCUUCGUCUACUGUUCCUGAACCAUUGAAUAACUCACAGAUAUCUACUCCUGUUCCUGAUACGUCUGUUACGCCACAAGCAUUAGAUACUACCGGGAAUGAUGAUGGUGAUUGGUUAUGUGCAAAUAUCAAAUCAGUUAGACGUCGUCGACGCAAUAAUAAUAAUAAUAACAAAGACACUAAACAAUUGAUGAGUACAGAUAAUAAUAAUGAUGAUGUUCAUAUUGAUGACACCAAAUUAGAAGGACAUGUUCUACAACCGCAACCAAUAAAUUUAUCAUCUGUAAUACUAGCAGAAAAAAAUAGUCAAAAUAAGUCCAACUCUACACAUGGCAUUAGUAGCAAUGAUCAACAGUAUUUAAUGACUAGUCAAGAUGUUAUUAAUUCUAAAACUAAUGAAAAUUUAGAACCUGAUUCUAGUCAUCAAUGUGUAGUGGAAUGUAGCAACAAAACAUCUUCCAUUAUAGAAAAUAUUGAUUCUUCAUUGAAGAAACAAAGUUCCACGGAACAUUCAUUAAAGGAUCCAUCUGUUCCUAGCAGUACUACUAAUAUUACUACUACUACUACUACUACUAGUAGUAGUAAUAGUAGUCAUAGUAAUAAUGAUCCAUCUCUUAUUGUUCUUCAUUCUACUACUAUUGUUACAUCCAAACGUAAACGUCGUAAUAUUCCAAAUAAAAAAUCUACAGAUGAAAUUAUUAUUAAUAAUAAUGAAAGCAUAGAAUCUUAUAGUAUAUUAUGUAAUGAAAAUCCAUUGGAUAAUGAUAAUAAUUCAAUGUUAACAGUUACUACUACUAAUACUACUAAUAGUAGUAGUACUAUUACUACUAAUACAAAUAUCUCUACUCCUAUCCAUUUAUCAAUGAAACGUAAUUUACAUAAAAAACAUGAAGAUGAUGAGAAUGGUUUUGAGUUAAUUGAACUACCAAAUACAUCAACCUCAUCAUCAUUAUCAUCGUCAGCUGUUGAAUCGGAUGAAUUAGAAAUGCAUUCAUCAUCAUCAUUAAUUAUCAAUACUACUAGUAGUACUACUACUACUUCUACCGCUGAAAAGUCAUCAUUACCUCAAGCACCACCUGAUCUUUUAUCACAUUUUCCACCAUUAAUUAAAACAGAUAAUGGUGAUCCUAUUGCUGUAACAAUGGAAGUAGAACUUCUUGAAGGUGGAAGACAUCCACAAGCGAAUAAAUUAUUAAAAUCAGCUCUAAGCAGUAAUAAUAAUAAUAAUAAUAAUCAAAUUACUCAUCAACAAGAACAAUCAACUGAUGAUUAUGUCGGGAAAACUUAUAGUACUAGUAGUAGUGGUAAUAAAACUGCUAUGAAACGUUCAAAAGGUCAACAUAAAUACAUCCUAUUUGCUAUUUUUUAA